CCGGCAGUAGACUCGGCCGAUAGCAUCGGGCGGUCGCGUCGUCCACACUGAAGUUUUAAUUUUGGGAUGUGCUCUACACAUGUGCAUACAUUUGAAAUAUCAAACGAAGUGUUUACAUAGAGUUAUUUUGUGUGUUUUUACGCCCGUUUAAUAAAUAGUGUAUCAGUAAGUUUUUUUAUGAACUGGACGAGACAUAACGAUGACGAUGAAUAUGGAAACAAAGGAAGAAUUAAACAAAAAGUCAACGAACACCGAUCAAGAUGUUUUGGAGACAAUGCUCACAUACAUCGGUGAGAUUGGGCGCUACCAGAAAUUCCUGUUCUGCGCCAUGCUGCCCUUCGGGCUGUUUUUCGCCUACGUGUACUUCGUGCAGAUGUUCGUCGCCGCCACUCCGCAGCGCUACUGGUGCCAUGUGCCAGAGCUCGCGCACUUGGAUCUAGACCUGAGACGGAAUCUUUCGGCACCUGGAGCCAUCGAGGGCGACAAUUGGGAGCGCUGUUCGACGUUCCAAGCCAACUGGAGCCUGGUGCUGGAGACCAUGGCACCGCCCGGCAACGACACGCCCACCGCGCCGUGCCAGCAUGGCUACGAUUUCGAGCUUACUGACAUUCCUUAUCACACGGUAGUAAGCGAGCGAGGUUGGGUGUGCGAUAAAUCAAGCUAUGCUCCAAUGGCACAGUCGAUAUUUUUUGCGGGUUCAUUUGUGGGGGGGCUGCUGUUUGGGUGGUUAGCAGAUCGAUUUGGAAGAAUACCCGCUUUAGUUGGAUCCACUAUGAUCGGGUUUGUAGGCGGAGUCGCAACUAUAUACACCACUGGAAUAGUAGACUUCACCAUCGCGAGGUUUCUGGUCGGCAUGGCAUACGACAGUUGUUUUAUGAUGAUAUAUAUUUUAGUUCUUGAAUACAUCGGUCCUCGGUACCGCACGCUGGCGGCGAACCUGUCGAUCGCGCUGUUCUUCGGCGCGGGCUGCGUGUCGCUGCCGUGGCUGGCCCUCUGGCUGGCCGACUGGCGCACGCUGCUGUGGGCCACCUCCGCACCCAUGCUCAUCGUCCUCGCCAUUCCUUUCACGGUUCCAGAAAGUGUCCGAUGGCUCGUCUCUAGAGGACGCACCAAUCAAGCAGUCCGGGUGUUCAAAACCUUUGAAAAAAUUAACCGCACCCAGAUUCCGCAGGAAGUGGUGGACGAUUUUGUUAUAGCAUCCCGUCAAACCCAAAAUCAGAAGCAUUCAGUGAGUGCCUUGUUUAGAAGUGCGCCGCUGCGGGCGAUGCUCGCGUACAUGGUGGCAGUGUACAUGUGCUGCGCGCUCGUGUUCGACGGGCUGGUGCGGCUCUCCGAGUCGCUGGGGCUGGACUUCUUCCUCACCUUCACGCUGGCAUCCGCCACCGAAAUCCCCUCCGUCACGUUGCUGGCUCUUGUCAUGGACAGAUGGGGUCGGCGAAAGCUUACAGUGGUGCCCAUGGGGUUAUCGGGCAUAUUGAUAGGCAUUGCAGCAUUUUUACCUAAAGGAGUUCCGCAGACGACAGCCGCGGUGAUGGCGCGGUUCUUCAUCAACAUGUCGUACACGGCCGCUAUCCAGUGGGCCACCGAAACGCUGCCCACGGGCGUGCGCGCCUCCGGCUCCUCGCUAGUACACGUCAGCGGCUAUGUGGCCACCGUCUUGUCGCCUUUCAUCGUCUACUCGGAACGUUACUGGAGCUCGCUGCCACUGCUGAUCAUGAGCGGACUGACCGUGCUGGCCGUGGGCUGCGGGCUGAUGCUGCCCGAGACCAUGGGCCGCCCCAUGCCGCAGACCAUCGCCGACGGCGAGGCGCUCGUCAGGAACUACACCUUGUGCGGAAAAAUAGAAGAAAUCGAAGAAGACGAAUUAAAGGAGAUGAACAAAACGAAGGAGCCCAUUAUGUAGCGACUUUAUGUAAUAUAUAGGUACUUAUCUACAAAAUACGUAAAAGGAUGGGUACAGGUAUAGGUACUCCGCGGAAGAGUUACGCUAAAUAUAGAUGGUCAAGCAAAUCUUGUCAGUAGAAAAAGGCGCGAAUUUCAAAUUUUAUAUGGGACGAUAUCCUUUCGCGCCUACAUUUUUCAAAUUUGCCGCCUUUUUCUACUGACAAGAUCUGCUUGACCCAGUAUAUAUCAUGUAGUACGGAGUGAAAUGUUUGUCGCGGAAAUGUAAAGCUAUCUACACAAACCUAGGUACUUAUACAAAAAAAAACCUGAAUAACACUAAUGUGUUGUCGGGCAUAAGAAUUGUUAUGUUUUGUGCUGGGUUCGCAUUAUGUAUCUAUUUACUAUUUAAUAUGUGCGCAUUUGCGCAAUAAAUACUUUUAACUUAGCCCGAUGUUAAAAAAAAUGAACACAGCUAAAGUAUGACAAGGUACGAUAGGUACAUAUAUAUAUAUCCAACAUCAGCGGGCGCUAUAUGUAUACUACGCCUAUGCCGGCUUAACUAGGCGUCGCUUAAAAGUAGGUAGUGUUAAUUAAUAUUUAGGUACCUAUAUACGAGGGCUGAUCCGAAAGUUGUUAGUUGCUCCGGCUCUACUCAUGCGAUUGCAAUAUGAUUUAUACCAUUGUGAGGGAUAUUUCAAUGCUAAUUAUGGCCAUUUUUUUUUUAUAUGUUUAUUUUUUAUAUAAUAUAUUUUUUACUGAAAGCUGUUUUGUAUGGAGUUAUAAAUUACUAAGAAAAAAACGAUAUUAUUCUUAGUAAUUUAUUGAAUUUCGUAUUGAAAUCUUUAAGAUUCAACUUAUAUUUACCCGGGUUUAAUUAUUCGGUUCCUUCUGCUAUUUUCGAUGUAUAAUGGAUAAAUCAUUUUAUAUGAUAAAGCACAUUUUUGAAUAAGUAUCUGAAAUUACUUCUUUUGAUGAAAUGACUCAUUAUUGACACCUAUUAAGUCAUAAUUAGGUUUACUCAAUCAAAAUUAUUUAUACGUAAAAAGACGAUCGAGAUUCGCAAUUAGCAGCACCUAAAAAAAUUAUAUGUUUUUAAACUAAAAAUGUUUAUAAAAUGAUACCACAUAAUGGAGUCUCAAUUACUUAUCAUCCUGGCUGCUGGCCAUAGGCUUCGGCACGUCACAGUAAAAAAAUAUUGAAUAAAAAACUAUGCGUUUUCUAAAAACGAAUUGACGUCAUCUCUUUACAUACUGAAAUAUCCCUCACAAUAGUAUAAAUCAUAUUGCAAUCGCAUGAGUAGAGCUACUUUAAAAUAUAUCAAUUAAAUCAUCUAAGAACAAAUUAUAUUAAUUUCGGUGAAUAUAUUUUAAUUUGUGUUAUUUCAAGUGUCUACCAACUUGAAUUGUGUCUACACUACUAUAUUGACACUGGAGGCCUUCGUAAUUUUUUCCUUCGAUAUCGGUCCAUUCAUGUCAUGACAUAGUGGCAACGGCGACUAAAAUGUUCGACUUAAGUACCUACAUAUAUUUAAGUAUAUUGUCUUCUUAGUGAAUUCGUUCUCUGGCUUUAAGUGAUCGUCAAUUGUCAACCAACAUUGAUUCUGGUUUCAAGACCAAGCCAAUAUGAUUAGGCCUUAGGUACCUGUGUGUUGUAGGAGUAGGUAUGCGAUCGUGAGCGUACUCGGUGUUUGUUGCACUGGUAGGUACAUACAUGUAAUGUACUACAUAGGUACUUAUUUGCCUCUAGUAAUUUUAUGUAAUUUAUAAAUUACUUUAUGUAAGUAGGUAAACAGACAACGGGUUAAUAUUAUGUAACUAACUGAGGAAAUGUCACGAUAGGUUCCUACAGCUUAUGUAUUCGAGACAGACAAUAAUUUAAUAUAAACUUUAUUUAUUUUCUUUUUGGAACGCGCUGAAAUCGCGCUCGCGUUGCUCAAAUUUGCACAAUACGUAUUUUAUAAUGUAAUAUUCGAUAGGUAGGUACCUGUAUCCAUCAUUGUGUAAUUGCAAGGGUAUUUUUUUAUGUAGGUACUACGUUAGAAAUAAGUACCUAAUAUAAAUAAAACUCGAGGACUGAAUAAAUAAUGAAUAAAUGAUACUGCGGUACGUUAAGUCAAUUGUUACAGUCGAGUUCAUAAAUAUGAAAUAUGCAUACCUUUACCUACAUUGCUUCACCUUAAUCCAUCGAUAUACGUUGAAAAAAUGUAUACAUAAAUAUGUACUCGACUGUACCUACUUAAAUUAGGUACAUAAUGUAAUGUUCCUAAUUGAAUACCUUACUUACUUAAGUACCUUAAUUAUUAAGCUUAGAAUAAAUUUAAAAGUGGAAAAAAUACUGUCUUGGGUGAGACUUCAACUCACGGCCUCUGGAUCCACCCAAGACAGUAAUUUUUCCACUUUUAAAUUUAUUCUAAGCUUAAUAGCAUCGUUCGCAGACGUUUCUGCUUGUUAAAAAUUAAAAUUACCUUAAUUAUUUUAUAAAAAGAAAAUGGGGUCAUAGACGGACUUUAUUGCGUAAAAAAAUGAAUAAGAUCCGACUUCACAAAAUAGUUAAGAAUGCCCUCAUUUCGCCAUUUUCAUCAGCAGUUCCAUUCCACCAAUGUAGCUUUCCGAGAGCUAACGCAGAAGUACUAUAAUAAAUACCUAAUAGGUAGUGAUAAUUAAAUCGUAAUGUAUUGUUUUACAGAGGCGGUUAGUAAAAAGAGGCUGUGGUAAAGUGCCUUGUCGAAGGACGGAUAAUGGUAGAGGUUGUUUGGUUGCCAGGAGCGGGCUACAUUGGGCAGUGCGAUUCAUCUUCUGGGCAUAUAUUGUAUAGAGAGGAAGAUUUUAGUUCAAUUUUAAUUCUAUUCGAUUUUGGCGGUAAGGCCUCAGACGCUGAUGCAGUUGCACGUCCUGCGCAUUCUGUAAAGAAGUCCAUUUAUACCAAGGUGUCACAAAAGCGGUAACUCUAACUUUCAUCAAUAUGACGUUAAUGUCUAACUUGGUUGAGUCUAAAGGGGCCCACUGAUUACCAGUCCGCCGGACGAUAUCGGCCUGUCAGUUAAAAGCAAAGUUUGACAGCUCCGAACAACUGACAUGCUGAUAUCGUCCGGCGAACUGGUAAUCUGUGGGCCCCUUAAGUAGUCACCUUGGCGUGGAGAGAUAUGAAAGCCAUGCAGCCUGUGCCUGGCAGACCAUCAAAUAAUUCACACGACAGCUGUUUAACACCAUCCUGCCCAAAUGUUCAUUGCAGACAAAAUUGAAGCUGCAUUCAAUUUUUAAUUUCUAUUGCAUAUUUUUCACAUAUUUUUAGAUAGAUAGGCGUACUAAUUAGAGUAAUUAUUAAAAUAAUAAUUAGGUAUUGUUCUUCCAUUUAUUUAAAAAAUGUACCUACUCGUGCAAAUCCAAGCGACGUAUAAUAAUAAUGUUAAGUUUGAAUAAAACCAUAUUUUUGUCAAAAAGCAAACAACAAGUUUAUUUACAAAAAUAAACGUCAUAAGAUCAGAAUAACCUCUUUUAUUUCAUACCAUUCUAAGAAAUCCCUCAGGGCCACUUGCACCAUUCGCUAACCCAGGGUUAACCGGUUAAACCUGGAGUUACCAUGGUUACCAAUACAUUUUGACACUUGGUUAACGGUUUAACCGGUUAACCCCCGGUUAGUGGGAUGGUGCAAGUGGCGCUUAACUCCGUUAAAGUAUGAUAUACUUACAAUACCUACCUAGUUAUUUUUGUAACAAAAGAGCAGUUGUUUUUGGUUCGAGGACUACUAAUACAGUAAUUUUAUACAUUUCGCGUUUGCGUUAAAUCCGGUAGUUCUGAUUUUUUGUAGAAGUGUUUAUGAUGUUGGCCUAAUGAAUAAUACAAGUUUGUGACUUCAAGCGCCGAACGCAACUUUGUCAAAUAUCGAAAAACCCGCGUAAAUUUCGGUUUUCUUUUAGAUUUGGGCGAUUAUAGCCCUAAAGGACUAGUUUUUGAUAGUGCCUACGCAGGACGUUUUUAAAGUGGACUAAAUUUGCUACAAUACGAGACUAGAAUAGGGUAUUUUCCUACUAGUCAAAUCAGUUACUUUUUUAGAACUGUCAAAACGAUUUGCUAAUAUGGAAUUUAUAUGAAACAUUACAUCGUGACGUCACGGUCAACUCACCUAAUACUUUUUAUAUUUCUAUCCGAUUUAUUAAAAAGAACUUGUGUUUAAAAAUAACUUCUGUCUGUGUUUUUCUAAUAAUUAUCUGGUGCUUUAUUUCAUGCAUGGUGUAAAAUAAUUUAUUUUAAAUACAGUAUAAUACCCUAUUGUCUCUGUACAUCUAGUUAGUUUCCGAAAUAAAACUUUACAAAAUUUAUAAUUUUUUGAAAUUGUAUAAGUAGGGUAAGUAAGUGCAGUGAGUAUGCACUUUUGUCUCAGGCGAUGCAGCUUGGCACGAUUGUGCCUAAGGUCAAACAAAGCUGAUUUGGCCAGGUAGCUUGAAAUCGUACCGUGCCUACCCCCCAAAAAGGGAGGCGCAAGGGUCGGAUCACCAGGUCCAAUCUAUGCUAUAUUUCGUCCUGCUCUUAGCAACUAGGGCAAGUAAUAUAUCAUUUUUAUAUAAUUUAGGGAUUCCUUAUUCUAAUUAAAACCAAAAUAUUACUUUGCUAAUCCGCGAAAAGAUAACGUGCUAGUCAAUCAGUGCUAACCCGUUAUACUUACUUGCGUAUUUUUACAUGCAAUUAAUAUUCCCACCCUCCCACCGCAAAAAUAAAUACGCAAAAAAAUAUAACAAACCACCACCAAAAAAAUAAUAUAAUAAUAAUAAUAAUAACCCCGCGGGGGCAGCUUGUGGCGAGCUGACGGUGAGUGGCGACACCGCGGACCCCUAUUCCAGAGGGCACUUUCAUCUGGCCCUCGCCUCUGUGCUUGCCUUGACUGGCCGGCCAGAGUGGAGUCGCAAGAGCGGGACCUAUGCUCCAGGUUGGAAGUGUAAAAUGUCAUAACGCCGGCGGCCUGCUGAACGGAUUACCGGGAUCUGGCUACCGCAGACUCACCUCUCGACAACCUUACAGCCACUCCAAAGUGUUGCCCUGUUGUCGCACUGUGCGUGCGGCCAUUGCGGGGCCCACUCAAUGAGUUGGCAAGUCACCACCUGUCUCAUACAAUUUUGAGACUGAUUGUCACGGCAGGUGUCCGCUAGUCUCCUCCCAUAGCCCGAUAUCCAGUCCAUCCAACAUUCAAAUCUAUAGCCUAUGACCUUAGUUCCCAUCGCAGCACAAAAGUGCUGCACUGCAAUAGUCUUUGCACCUGGCGGGGACCAUCUCCGGAUGUAUCAUAUUGUGCGUUCGGGGAUGGUAUCCGCCACGUGUAUCCCUUGCCUUUAGAUUAAUUUGUCUUAAAGGGCCUCUGCGCUGUUGGCUUCGGCCCCACGCACGCCUCCCAAAGGUCCGGGACCCCAUGG